UCCUUUCCUUUCAAUCAUCGCCUGGCCCCCAACGACCACUUUUCAAAAAAGCUUCCCUCCCUCCUCUGUCGCUGUCUCUCUCUCAAAUUUCUUUCAAUCCACGCUUGGCCUCCAAAAGCACCGCCUACGACAGAGCCGGCCACCUACCAACCAAUCCACCGCCGAGUUUAAUCCAUUUCCAUCGUCAUCACUACCCACCAGUUCCAAAUCCAGCGGCAAAGAUCAUCCUUAGCUUUCUCUCACCACCACCAUCGCCGCCACCAAUCGCAGCAAAACCCUAAUAUUUACAACCCCCUCCCUAAAAAAAACCUAAUUUCUAAAAGUUUCUUCAGUCAAUAUCCUCUCGAUUCUCUAUACCCAUCACAAAAACCGUAUAAUUUUAACCUCAAAGACCCCGGAAAAAGCCGGAAAACCCCUAAUUUUAACCCUAAACACAUCGGAAAAGGGCUGAAAGGCCCAGUAUUAGUCCUAGAAGCUCCAAAAGAACUCAAAUUCCCUGUACAUAUGGCUCGAUUAAGCAACGAAUUGGAAUUCUCGGAAAACCCCAAGGCCAAGCCAUCGAUCUUCAAUCGAUCGGUAACUAUGCACGCAACCUCUACCGAAUUCCCCAAACAGCCUGUCCUCUCCGUCUCUCUGGAACGCACCGGUUCAAUCAAGAAUUUCUACAAUUCGUCUUUUGAUUCUGUCAAGGGCAAGGUUAGAAUGCUCCGUUCUUUGUUCGAAUCCCCAAAACCACCAGAUUCGCCCACCCAAUUCCCACCCCAAUCACCAUCAAAAUCUGCAAAAUUGGUUGAUUCUAAUUCUCGGGAUUCUGGGUUUUCACAUGACAAUUCAGUUCUAUUACCAGGCACAGAAGAUCGAGUGGUUGUGUAUUUCACGAGUUUACGGGGAAUUCGGAGGACCUAUGAGGACUGUUGUGCUGUGAGGAUGAUAUUGCGGGGGUUUAGGGUAAAUGUGGAUGAGAGGGACAUUUCAAUGGAUUCAGGGUACAAGAAAGAGUUACAAAAUGUAUUGGGUGAGAAGAAUGUGUUUUUGCCACAAGUGUUUGUAAGGGGGAAAUAUAUUGGAGGGGCUGAUGUGAUCAAACAGCUACAUGAAGUGGGUGAAUUGGCUAAGAUUCUCAAAGGGUUACCUGUUCGAGCACCAGGGUAUGUGUGUGAAGGAUGUGGGGAUGUGAGGUUUAUGCCCUGCGCGAAUUGUAAUGGGAGUAGGAAGGUUUUUGAUGAGGAUUAUGAGCAGUUGACGCGGUGUCCCGAGUGCAAUGAGAACGGGUUGAUAAGGUGCCCAACUUGCUGUUCUUGAUUGCUGUGGAGAUCAGUAUUGAAUUUGGCUUUCGUGCGUAUGAUUUUUCUGUUUUUGGUUGAUGCAUAUUGAAGAUUGUUACUAGAACUGAUGUGGGUCUGUUGGUGUUAGGAUUCCAUCUCUCAUUGGAUUCAUGCCGGUUGUUUGUUGGGGAUAUAUGUUGAUUCUCUCCGAUCACAUAAUGAAAUAGAGUGUACUUUACUGAUACAAGGCUUUACAAGCCUGUUGUGUAUAUAAUUGCUUGUAAACCUUGUAUGUGGGUGUGUGUUUGUCCAAGUUAAGAGGAAUGUAAAUUUGCUUAUAUAUCCAUGUUGUAGCGUUUCGCUAUAUGGAUGUAUCGAUGCAAUAUAUGAUUGCUGUGUGCUGGGUGUGGUUUGCAGCUUAUAAGGAUGAUUAAUGAAGAAUGCAU